GGAGUCAGCCGCUUGUACUUUCCUUUCUUCCUCCUUAGCGUAAAUGCAGGAAGUUUCUGAGCCACAUCGUACAAAAUGUUCCUCCCUGCCAUAAAAGUGCCUUUUUGCUGUGUUAGGGCUGUAGUACACCAUUCGAAUACCCAAGCAAAGGUGAUUCGGACUGUUUAUUCAAAAUGUCUACAGUAAUUGCAGUAGACCUUAUUUCAUUUCCAUGUUCGAGGUACACUGACUUCCUUGAAAAACAGAUAGAUGGCGUUCGGACCGCUUUAUCUGAAGAAACAGACGGUACAAUCUACAUUUUGACGGGACCACACUGUAAGCGGGUCAACGGUCCAAAUGGCACCAAACAUGCAACACCGCUGGAUACACUGUCCUACGGAAACAGAAAUGUUGAAGUAUUGAACUUUAGUACCGUUGCUGAAUGCCUCUACCGUUUCAAACUUGCCGUGGACGAGUUGCAAUUCAAGUCGGUUAAGGUAAUCACAUCAGAACCUGGUGUAGCGUUGUUGCAAUUAUAUCAGGAGCAACUUUUCACCGCAUUAUACACUUUCGAGUAUGUGGCUGUCAGCGACCUCACCGACGUGCCAACAGUGACACCUUUGAGUGACGUCAAGCAAGAGGUGUCGAGCUUUCUUCAGCAACUACCUGCAGUGAAAGGAGAUGUUACCAUCCUAAGGUCCACUUUGAUUUCAGACUGUUUCUCCCAUGGGUUCAGCACUCGUCAAGGUGGCAUCUCCACCAUCUCCACCCUGUCUUCUUUGAACCUGUUCAGCAGCUCCAGGAGACGCGACCCCCGAGGAGUCGUGUCCGAGAAUGUCCGCAGACUGGCGGUCACUGCUGGGUUUUACCCACGGCGUCUCCACAUGGUCAAGGUGAACCAUGGCAAUGAUGUGUGGGUGAUGGGCACGAAUGAGCCAGAGAGCUAUGACGGCAUUGUGACCAAUCAAAGGGGCAUUGUCAUAGCAGCUCCAGGGGCGGACUGCAUGCCCCUCCUCUUCGUUGACCCAGUAUUAAAGGUGAUCGGGGCAGCUCAUGCAGGCUGGAAGGGGACCCUGAUGGGAGUUGCCAUGGCAACAGUCAAUGCCAUGGUGGAGGGGUUUGGCAGUAGUGUGCGUGACGUCCGCGUGGUGAUUGGACCGUCGGUGGGGGCGUGUUGUUUUAGCUGGAAGAAAGAGCGGGCCCUGGAGUUCCUAGACAUCCACCCCUCCUGUGUCGUCAACCCGGACGCCGACAAACCUCAUAUCAACAUACGAUUGGCUACCAGAUUACUCCUCCAGAAAGGCGGAGUUCUCCCGGAGCAUAUCCAUGACGACACAGUGACGGACAGGCCAAGUGUGACGCCUUGCACUGCAUGCCACCCUGAGUCCUUCUUCUCCCACGUGAGAGACGGGCUCAACUUUGGCACCCAGAUCGGCUUCCUGUGGAUCAAGGAGACAGAAGAGACUGGGAGAGACAGGGACUAACAGACAUCUGCUCAAAUUCAUACAUUAUGGAUGGGCCGAUGGGUAGACAGACAGAGUGACAGACAAAGACUGACUAACUGACAGACAGGUGGACAUGCAGGAAACCAGACAGACACAGGGACUAACUGAGAGCCACGACCGCUGUCAAGUCAUUUCCAAACAAGUGCUGUGACCCAACGGCUUCUUAGAUCGUAUCUGUACUCUUUAUCUAGAAGAUCUUAUUGUUGACCAUAACUUUUGUAUAUUACUGAGCAGUGAAAAUGAAACUCGGAAUCGUUGAAAAGA